UAGUAAAUACUAUAAUAGUAAUCUUUCUUUCUCUUCAACCCCCUUCCCCCGCAUUUUUUUUUUAAUUAUAAAUGUUUCGUAUCUUGUCUUUUUCCAUAAAUAAGUCAUGCAUUCGUCUUUAUAGUUCGAGUUGUCAAAAAGAGCCAUUGACCCCAUUAGGGAAACAUCUCCUUGAUUCCAUCAAGUUGACAGGCCCAUUAUCAGUUUCACAUUUCAUGAGGCAAGUCCUUGUAAAUCCUUUGAGUGGCUAUUACAUGAAGGGUGAUGUCUUUGGAAAAAAAGGUGACUUUAUAACUUCUCCAGAAAUUAGUCAAAUAUUUGGUGAGCUUUGUGCAGUUUGGUAUUUAUCAGAAUGGAUGAGACUAGGACGACCUUCAAAAACACAAAUUAUUGAAUUUGGACCUGGUAGAGGCACGUUGAUGAGUGAUAUGUUAAGAACAUUGUCUCAGUUCAAUUAUUUUUAUGAAACUCUGACAGAUAUUCACUUAAUUGAAGCAAGUCCUGAACUUCGAAAAAUUCAAAGAGAAAGAUUAGUGAAAGGAUCUAAGGAUGAAGAUGUAGUGAGGAUUAAAGGCACAAAAGAUAAAGCACCAGUUGAGACAAUUACAAAGGAUGGGUUGAAGAUAUCAUGGCAUGAUGGUAUCGAAGUUGUACCAGAUCAAUGGUCAUUUGUGAUGGCUCAUGAAUUUUUUGACGCACUUCCAGUUCACCUAUUUGAGAAAACUGAAUCAGAAUGGAGAGAAAUCCUUGUUGAUAUAGACGACACCAGUGAAAGUAAAUAUAAUUUUAAACCUAUUAAAUCGCCAAAGCCUACAGGAAUAGUUAAACUAUUAGAGAAUGACCGAUAUGCUAAUUUUAAGGAAGGAGAACGAGUUGAGAUAUCUCCUGAUAGCUGGGGCGUCAUGGAUAAAGUUGCUAAAUAUUUGAAUCGUAAUGGUGGAACUGGAUUAGUUAUUGAUUAUGGACAAGACUAUGUUCAAGGUGAUACGUUAAGAGCUAUUAAAAAUCAUAAAAUUGUUUAUCCCUGGAGUGAUCCAGGAAAUGCUGAUCUUAGUGCUGAUGUUGACUUUUCGUUUUUAAAAGAAGCUAUUCGAACAGGCUCAGAUCUUAUUGCCUAUGGUCCUAUUACACAAAAGGAUUUCUUACAAUCUUUGGGAAUUGCAAAUAGAGUAGAGAGUCUAUUUAGAAAAGCAAAAGAUAGUAGAACAAGAAAAACAAUAUUAGAUGGUGCAGAGAGAUUAGUAGAUCCAAAUGAAAUGGGAAGAAUAUAUAAAGUAUUAGCAUUUGCAAAGGAAGAAAAUAAGCUAGAAACGACUCAAGCGCCUAUUGGGUUUGAAAAAGAAAACAUGAAGUAACUUUAUGUAAUACAAUAAAAUAGAUUAAUACAUUUAGAGAUGAGAAAAGUCAUUUAAUAAUAUUAAUUAUAUACAAAAGACUUGAAGAAACUUUAUGAUUUGAUUAUUAUUGAAUGAGCAACAAUACAUGAUGAUCAAGUUAUUUGUUAAAAAUUAGUAGUAGUGUUUUUUAGACUAGUUGGGCACGCUGUUACACUGCAUAUAAGUCACAAAUUAAGGAGAAAAAAAAAAAGAUUAUUUUUUUU